UAGCGAGAAAUGUCAAUUAGAAAAUAAGAAAAAAUUAGAAUGAAAGUAAAAACGCAAGAAAUUGACGGAAAAUUGUGAAAAAGUGCAAAAAGUUCUAAUUACAAAUAGCGGUGGACUAAGUGAUUGCAAUAAAUUAAAUAAUCCAAUUGGUAACCGAAAAUUUACGUCACAUUUGUGUGUAUUAAAAAAUGAGAUUUCGUCGUGUGGUCGAUUUUGAAAUUACAAGAAUGAAAAUGCAUAUAGUGUGAAAAGCGAAAAGAAAAUUCCUCCCAACAACAAAUGCAGCAGUGGCAAAGCAACUCAUACGGCCGCGCCCCCAAGCCCACUUACUGCCAGGAAGAAUAGCAGUGGUGGUCAUAGUGAUUUCCUUGCAAAAGAAAAUUCUUAUAUCGCGGUGCAUAUAAAUCGAGAAACAAGUUUAGUUAAUAGGAAAAGUUACGAAUUUUACAAGCAGCAAAUAGAUAAGGUGCAAGUGUAUUAGCAUUCCUUUAUUAUAUUGUGUUGUUGGGUGGUUGUGUGUGAUCAAACGAUUAGGGGAUAGCAAGUCAGUGGCGAGUGCCACAAGAGCUGUGACGACGAGUCGGUCGGUGGGUUAAGGUGGAGGGGGUUGCCAAAAGGUAUUUGAACAAUUUUUCGCCAAACCCACUUACCUACUUUAACACUAGCACAUUAGCUGAAAACAAUCAGCCGCUUGCGUAGUCGGCUAUUACAACCUUCAGCAAGUCAAAACAAAUAAUAGAUUCGGAGUAAUGGCCGCACAACUCGAUCCGAAUGUCAAGGACGACUUGAAGACUCAGUUCGUGACUCGUGAAGGCACCUACCGGUUACUCACGCUGUCUGAGUACUCCCGUCCAAAUCGUGUUGGCUAUAAUACCAAUCAAAGUUCACCGCAAGUGCGUGUUUCCAUUGUGUCGCUGCCUAAUAAUAACCCGUGUCCAAAUACAAUAAGUGGUACAAGCGGUGGUGGUAGCACCGCUGUAGCUGGCUCUAUAAAUGGCAAUGUGAAUGGUUCUGCAACAAAUAAUUCCAAAGGAAGCGGUGACGGUUCUGCGAAUGGUAGCAAUGCGUCCGCCACUGGUUCUUUAGUGAAUGGUCAACAACAGGCUGCUUACGGUGUGCCAGCUACCAUGGAUGCGCGACUUGGUGCGGGCAUUUCUAUGCAUACAAUGAUCAACGGUGGCUCGGAUGGACAAAAUGGUCUGGCUAGUCAAAUCUAUGGAGGUGAUCGGAUUUGUUUCAAUUUCGGCAGGGAAUUAUACGUCUAUGCAUUUAGAGGAGUGAAAAAGGGUGCAGAAAUGACCAAACCGAUCGACAAGAAGUUCUAUAAAGGCACCAAUCCGAGUUGUCAUGACUUCAACGCGACCACAGCCACCUCGACUGGCGCGCCGCUGCUCGUAGGUUUCACCACAGGGCAAAUCCAGCUCGUCUCCCCACAGCCAGGACCACGUGAGCUGCGCAAGCUAUACAAUGAAGAGCGGCUGAUUGACAAGACCAAAGUGACAUGCCUAAAAUGGUUACCGAAUUCACCGAAUUUAUUUUUGGCUUCGCACGCAUCAGGCAAUCUGUAUUUAUACAACGAGGACCUCCCCUGCACACCAACUGCGCCCAACUAUCAGCCCUUUAAAAUGGGCGACGGCUAUACAAUACUCACCUGCAAAUCGAAAUCGACGCGUAAUCCACUCUACAAAUGGAUAUUCAACACCGAGAAUUGCUGCAUCAACGAGUUUUGCUUCUCGCCAUGUGGCUCCAAUUUGGCCAUCGUCUCGCAGGAUGGCUUCCUGCGUGUCUUUCACUAUGACACCAUGGAGUUGCUGGGCAUAGCGCGUUCCUAUUUCGGUGGCUUUUUGUGUGUGUGUUGGUCGCCAGAUGGCAAAUACAUUGUGGUCGGCGGUGAGGAUGACCUGGUGACGGUGUGGUCGCUGCACGAACGACGUGUAGUGGCACGCGGUCAAGGUCAUCGUUCAUGGGUGUCCGUGGUGGCAUUUGAUCCCUACACGACCUCGUACACCAACUGGGAUGGCGGUGACUUUUCCGACGACGAAAAUCAAAUGAACGAAUAUGGCAUUGGGCGCGAGGCGCGUUUUUCGGCCGACUCAACGGCCAAUGGCUUCGAUUACAUACCCGGUGUCAACAGCAUUGCGCAUGAGAAGAACUCCACACCGAAUCAUACACGACAGCGGCCACACUCAGCAUCGUUUCGUUCGGAUGCAUCCUCAUCAGCGGCGCUGGCACCGGAUAAACUGGCGAUUAGCUAUCGUCUGGGCUCGGUCAGUCAGGAUACGCAGAUUUGUCUAUGGGACAUAACAGAGGAUGUGCUGAGACACCCAUUGUCGCUGCGUCAACGAGUCAAUAGCGUUAAUUUAAACGAUACUAGUUAUAUGAAUGGCGGUAUUGAUGCGGAUGGCAUCAAAGUGAUACGGCCAAUAGCCAUAGGUAAUAUAACGGCACCAUUCUCACCACCACAACACACCAGCAGUCCAACGAAAGAAACAGUAGCGCCUGAGAACAACAGCAACAGCAGCUCAAGUAAAUUUUCUACAGCGAACUGCACCAUAUCAUCGCAAUCGUCGAACGCCAAUACGCCACCGGAUGAGGCAAUGCCAGCUGGCAGCAACACAACAGGGAAUAGCAACGGUAACAACAAAGCGAACAAUACCAACAACAAGGCGAAUGCAACAGGUAACUCAAUAAAAUUUCCCAACUGCAUCAGUGCCACCAAAUCGGACUCCAUUGAAGGUAACAACAAGGACACCGCUUCGACAGUCUCCACGUCCGGCUACAACAGCAAGAACUCGAAUAGUUCCACCAAGUCUUCAGAUUCGAGCGUCUCGGCAUUCAACAGCCUCACGCAGCGCUUUUCGAAUUUCAGCUUUCUGAGCAACUCGGACAAGAAGACCUCCUCAAUAACUGGUUCCUUUGAUGCGUCACAAAUUGCGGCGACGCAUCGCACACAUCGUAAGGGCAUGAGUCUGCUCAAGUCCAACAACCAAACGAAUAACAGCAAUCACAACCACCAAGCAUACGGUGCGGGCAGCAGCGCGACAGCCAGCGGCAACGACCACAACAACAGUGGCGGCAUUGGCAGCAGCAGCACGACGGCGCAUAGCUUCGGUUCACUUAAACUGGGCAAAUCCAAUACACAUUCACACAGCUCAUCGUUGAGCGCAGCAUCCAAUGCUGUAGUGACUUCCUACGAUCCCAUGAAACUGAUCGGCACACCCUCGUGUCCACGCUUCGACGAAUGCCCACUGCUGGAGCCGCUGAUAUGCAAGAAAAUCGCGCACGAGCGUCUCUCGGCGUUGAUAUUUCGUGAAGAUUGCUUCCUAACCGCGUGCCAAGAUGGCUUCAUCUACACAUGGGCGCGACCCGGCUAUGCAACCCAAAAUGUACCACAGCAUUUAUCACCAAGUCAAGCGGCGCCUCCCGGUGGUACGGUAAUAUAGUUCGAUAAAAUAAAUAUGAACAACUAUGCACAGAAUCGCAUAAGGAGCAGUCGCAUGUCAUUGGAAACGCCAGAAUAAAUUUACGAACUCAUGCGCGCGCCGGCCCAAGUCACAAAGUGAACGUCGUUGAGAGUGCGUAGAUUUAAACUGGUGGCGGUGGUGUGAAAUUUAUGCAUGCAAAAUACACUUGGAAAGUAAAGAGAAAAGAAAAUCAGAAGCAAAAUUUAUAUAUAAACAAAACAUACAAAAAUACCAUUUAAACGUCAUUUAAAAUGACGGCGAUAAAACUAUAAACCUAUUUUCAAAUAUUCCACUGUAAUUAGCAUAAAUAUAUAUAUACAAGCAAAGUAUGUAAAACAAUACUAUUAUGCAUAUAAAUAUAUUAAAUAUUUUUAGUAAUCUUCAAGUCAACUUGUUGAAAGCAAAAGCAAAAACAAUGAUAUAAAAUAACGAAAAUGGAAUGAAACAGCAAAACAGGAAAACAAAAACAAAUAAAACAUUUAUUUAAUACUAAGGUAUGCAAAUAGUGAGCACACACUUACACAUAUACACACCAUAACACAUAGCAAACGCGCGAACAUUAAAACAAGAAACUCACUAAACAAAAAACUGCAGCGAAAGAAAAGAAGCUUAGCAAUAGCAAGCUGUUUAGAGUGCUUUAGAAAGCAGCAUGCGUUGCGCCAGCUACGCUCCAGCGUCCACUUCAGUGCACACAAAGUCGUACAUAUAUUUCUAGAGAAUAUUUCAUAGUGUGUAAUUGUGUUUGUGCGGUGAAUUUUGUUAUAUUACAAGAAUAUAUGCGAAAUGAGGUAGAACUGAAACUUUGAACGUUUAAGCACACGCUUGUUAAAAUCGAAUGUAUAGUAGACUAAAUAGAUUUCACAAUUUGGCACGCCGCAUACACUCACACACACAGAAAUGUGUCCAACUGCAGGUAUUUCACGUCACAAAGUACGCAAAGCGGUAAUUGUUAAAGUUAUAUAGCCAACGCUUUGCACGCCUCCUGCGUCGAGGUGCGCUACAACACAGCAAUGCUUCCUGUUCGCGCUGCAAGCCAACGAAGUGCAGCUAAAUGUUGUUGCCGUCGAGUUAAAAUUGCUGUUUCCGUGUUUAUUGCAAAUCAUUUCGAACCGUUUUUGCUUAACUAAUUUAAUUGAAUAUUAUAAUUUUCCAUGUUGUAGUAUCCUAGUAUCCUAGAGAAAUCGCUUUAAUUAUAAAAUGUGCAUUACUAGUAGUUUAUGUUGGGCAACGCUAUGUUAAUAAUGUGUUAUAAAUAUAUAAAACAAAAACUGAAAAACAAUAAUGAAUUCAUAUAACUUGUAUGUAUGUAUAUACUGUAUGCUAUAUAUAAAUAUUAUAUAUAGUAUAUACCUUUUUGAUUUUAUCCUCUUAUUUAUGUAUGUAUUGAAGUCAUAUCAUUAAAAUUGCAAAUUUAUUGAUUAGUUGUGUAGUGCGUUGAACGAUGUAGUGGCGUCUUGUCGAGGAACAGUGCGGUACGCGCGACGCUUGCUUUGGGUGAAUUUGUAUGGCUACUGUUAAUAAGUUAAAGAGCGUUAAUUACAGGGAGAAAGAGAGCGAAAGCGCGUGUGAAAAUUGUUAAACGCUGUUUUUUUUAUUAUUUAAGUUUUUGCUUAAGUGUAUGUACAUAUAUGAUAACAAAAAAUAUAGAAAUUACAAAAAAAUACAUUGCUGUGGUGACUUUAAAAUCUUGAUUCAACUAGCUACUUCUUAAUAUUUUCGUUAAUAACGCGCUUUCAAAGUUUUUUAACAACUACAAGUGUUCUAAUACAGUUGAUGGCGUAUAAUAAGAAGUUUUCUCGUUUUUGUUCUUGCAGCAUAAAACAUUCCGCAAAUAUUUUGGAUAAAUUCUAAUAGCUUCUAUGUAGACCCGACUGCCGAAAAAAUUAUAUACAGUUGAACUUCCCUAACUCGAAUCACCAGAAGCCACAAAAAACUUCGAGUUAUGACAGGAAAUUUGUAUGAUUUCUUUUUCCAAUUUAAGUGUACGCGUUCGUGGAAAAUUUCGAGUUGUAGAAGUUUGAGUUAUGAAAGUUCAGCAUUUGUUUAAAGUACUGUUAUUUCUUUUUAAUUAUUUAUUUUUUUAAUUUGUUUAAAUUACUGUUAUUAUUUAUAAAUUAUUUUCUAUUUUCUAAAGCAACUUCCAGAAGCGAGCUAAAUAACGGUUAAAGGGUUAUAUUCACUUCCAAGUCAGAAAAACAGGGUUUAACAGGCAUUUUAUUUAAUUUAUAACUUUUUUUCUUUGCAAAUUUCAACAAUAACUAAAUUUCAGGAAAACAAUGAGGAUGGAUUACGGUAGUAUGACAUUAAAUAAAUUAAAAAAAAUAGAUUAAUUCACAGAAAUUCAUAUAAUUUAUAAGCUGCGCUUAACUUUUUUAAUUAAAAAUUAUUAAAAUAAAAAAAUAAUCAAUUUUAUUAAAAAUUAGAUUUUCAAAUUUUUUAAAAAUCAAAAUUUGGAAUUGAAAAUUUUAAAUCCAAAAGUAUAAUUAUAAAAUUGGCAACCCUGUCGGGAAUUCUUCAUUUACAUCUCCCGCUUUUAUUCUUAAAAUUUAUAUAAAUUAUUUUGUAAAAAUUCUUUAAAUUUUUUUGAUUUUGUGUUUGAUAUUUAAUUUCUAUGGAUAUACAUUUUCGACAUGCCCUUGUUUUUGUUAAAGCAUAAAUCAUUGUUAUUGUUGUCUUAUUGUUGCUCUUCGGAAGCUCCGGUUGCAGCACUUACUUCGAUUCUGCUGACAACAAAAAAGCUAAAUUUUCUCCCAGCGAAUAUCGGUUAAAUUAAUUUAUAUUUUAUUUUGUGGUGAAAACACAGCAGUGAGUCCCUUUCGUUGAAAUUGUGAGCCGUAACAAACCUUCCUCAAUAAUAAUUUGCCUUAUUACUUGUAUGUAUGUACAUAUAUUUCAUUUGGUUAUGUUGUAUGUAAAAUAUAUAAAAAUGUUAUGUAAAAAGUGUACAAAGUUAUGAUUUGAUUAUUUGAAGAACAAAAUUAUUAAACAAGAAAAUUAUAAUAAAAUUAUAGAACAUCGGGUUGGAAUCAAUUAGAAGAAUUGUGAAAAUCACUAACGGUAAAAUGUUACAGCAAAAAUACGAAAAUGCAAACUUUCGGAGAAGAUUUUAAAAAUUGGAAAUUGGAUUUUUUCUUAUAUUAUUAUUUUUUAAUUUAUUAAAAUUAAAUCUAUGUAUGUAUACCAUAGAGAGGUGUAACCAUGAUCUUUGAUUGCUUACAGAAUAAUUUGGACUAAUUUAUUAAAAUCGAAAAUAAGCGAAUAUAAAAAAAAAAAUUGGCCUGCGCUGUUGAGUUGAGUAAUAGUUAUAGAAAUCUUAGACUCUUAUUACAAUGCGAAGUUUGUUGAAAUAUUACACACCUACACACAUGUACACAAGCAUACAUACACACACAUAUAAUGCAUCAUUGUAAUGAAAUUAACAUUUAAAAGAAUGAAAAACUACGAAACUCUUAAACAUAAACUAAAUAAAUAAUUAAAAAUUUAUAUAAAAAUAAAAAAAAACUUAGCAAAUAAAGCAGAAAGCUAGCAACUAUUAACAGAAAGUUUGUUAUAGACAAUUGAGCAUAUUGCAAUGCAUAAACGACAACAACAAAUAUUUCUGUACAUACUUGUAUGUAUGUACAUAUAUGAUGUAUAUGUAGUAAAGUGUGCUGUAGUGCAAUUCAAAUACGAAUGCGUACGCGUACAUUAUACUUUCUAGCUUAAGUUAUUAAAACAUAAUUAAAAUAGUACUGACAAUGAUGUAAGCGUUUAUGCCGGUGAAGACGACAAUGAAAUUCAAUAGUCAUGUGUGAGAUGAUGCAAUCUACAUACAUACACGUGUAAACAGUAGUGUGCAUGCAAAUGUAAAUAUGUAUACAAGUGCGUUUGCAAAACAUCCGAUGAGAGUUUUCAUAUAAUUAAAGAGACUAAAGAAUUCAAUAAAUAUUAUUAUUACAAAAUAAAAA